ACCUUUUUAGGGUUCCGGCUAUAUCUUCGCACUCGUCUCCAUGGCGAUCUCAAAGUAAUUGAUGGACCAUGGCAGCUGAAGAGGAUCCUUUCGGUGCCUUUGGGGACAGCGACGACGACAGUGAUAGCGACAACAAUGUCCAAGACGUCAAGAAAGCUCAGGAUCUGCUUCAAGCUGCCAAUACUGCAACAACCAAAACGUGCCAAACUGACAAAGAUCAGAGCACAACGACGACGGAUUCCACCACUCCAGUACAUGGACAAGGAUCAGGAGUCGAUCUGGUGGAUCUGACGAAUCUGGAGGAAUGCAGCUUUCCUGCUUGGGAUAGUCCCGUGUAUGUGUCUUCAGACGUAAAAUUGGUUUCCUCACUUGCCAUAUUUGGAGGCGGCAGAGGCUUUGUGGCGCUCCGCCAACUCGCUCCAGGAACACUGGUGCUGCUGGAAGAAGCGCUCAUGAUGUGGCCCGACGAACAACUGGGACAACCACUGAGCUUGGCAUCCGUACAGCGUCUAGUGAACCAUGAAAAUGCCGCCAAGAUUGUCGCUUGUUUGGAGGACUUUCAUCCUACCAAAGCGGUGGUCGAUGGACCCGUCGAAAGCGAAUUUCCUGCGCAAGUGGAAACCAUGAUGGAGUCACUGCUAACACAGCAGCAAUCCAAUACUGAUGCUAAUACUACUCCACAGCUACUCGCACAGAUUGUGCAAGAAUGCAAGACACUCCAAAAUCGGGACAACACCGCUAUUUCCACCAAGGACAUUUUGAGACUAUUGCUGGCUCUGAGAUACAACGGACUAGAGUCCGGGCUCUAUUGCUACGUCGCAAUGAUCAACCACAGCUGUCAACCCAACUGCGUCAAGUUUCUGCCAAAGGCUGCCAGCAGCAAUACUGACGACAAUACUGAUGACUUUUUGCCACCCACAUUUUCCGAAGUUCGAACCACCCGAUGGGUGAAUCCAGGAGAAUGCUUGACCAUUUCCUACGUGCCUCGGAUUCUUAGCCAUGCGUCUCGUCGACAUCACUUGUGGGAACAGCAUCGAUUCGAUAUUGGCGCGCAACUGACACCCAGUCUGCAGCGCAUGGAGGUGGUGACCAACGGGGGCCUUCCUCCGUCCUCCAAGGAAUAUGUCGACGACAAUAGCAUCACGUCGCGGAUUGAAAAUGCGAUUGCCGAGAUGGAUGUGUUGUUCCAAACUACCAAGAAUGCCAUUUUGUCGUCGUCGUCGUCAGUAGUAUCAGGACGACAACAAAUGGUGGAACAAGCCAAGGCGUUGGAAGUGUCGUUGUGCGAGCUCUUUUCACAAGCCCUUGAACAACUCCAAAACAACAAUCAUAUUCUGCUCAUUCCCUGUUUGGUGCUCCACCUGGAUGCUUGCGAUUUGGUGCUACAGGCGGAUGCCAAGAGUUCUACAACGGCAAUUCUGAGCCACAAACAACGAUGUAUGCUCCUCGGUCGAAUGGUCGUGACAGGGAUGAAACUUUUGGAGCUGCAACAGGCAUACUGGGGGCAUGACCACUACGAUGUCGCGAGGACGUGCCUCGAUCUGUCACAGGCCAUUCAGGAACUGCUAUCCAAGUCACCAGACACGCUAUAUCAACUCGAGACACGUACUGUUAGCAACCAUCUCAAAACCUUUCGAGACUGGUCCACACUCGAGCAUAAACAUCGAAAAGAACACGAGAGGAUAAAAGAAAUGUAUCCGAGGGAUGCCGCCAAGUACAUCCUGAAAAAGUUGUAGCAGUUACAGUGCCAAUGAUUAUCACCUCUUUUUGUUUCAAUCCUUUCUAAACUACCGGGUAGCUAGCUGGAUUGCUAGAGUCUUCCCGUUUGAAGCUCCCAAUCUUACUGUAGUACCAGUAUUGACAAGAGAGCAU